GUAAAUUGUCACAAGAUAAUAUAAUUAUCAUUGUUCCUCUGUGAAUGAUGGAGAACCCGUCCGAGUUAAACAGGAUCAUGUUUCCACGCCUGUCGAGGGCAUUUGGCGAUAUCGGCGUCUACAGUUAGAUGAGAAAUAUGGAGGACCUGCCCGAGUUUUACCCGUCUAUGUCCCUCCGCCUGUCAAGGGCGUUGAGCGACAUAGGGGUCAACAGUUGGAUGGUGAAGAGAAGAAGGAGAACUUUUCUAAUGCUAGAGGUGGGACGGACAAUCGGUGAAAAACAAGAAGGACGUGAUGUUACCACUUUCCAUUUCGGGAGUCAGUCAGAGGGAACAACAACGCCGGGACUAAACUCCGAUGUUGACGAAUUAGUUUGCUUUAACAAAAUCAAUAUCAUGGCCUCAUGGUCUGAAUGGAAGUUCGGGAGGAUAAACUACCUGAUGGUAAAGGAGGAGACGUGCUCUCCACAACAUUAUCUUCUACAAGAGAUCAGACCAGACUCACCUGAACCUGCCAUAAAUCCAAGUAAUAUUUAUAGUGUAGUUGACAGAAACGGUCGUGUAUUACAUGCCAACAUAGAAACUAGAGAUGUCAUAAAAAAACUUUCAGAACAAUUUAAUUCACCUUACUACUCCAAUGGCCCAUCUCAUAGUAUUUCUGAAAUGUUUGACUUUGUUCAAGCGUAUCGGAGCAGGUCACUUCCACCAGAAUGUCUCCAGUGGUUUGAACGGCCAAGGCCCAGUAACUGGCCGACACCAGAACUGUUCAGAGAAGUCAGGGAGUGUGGGUGUUUUCUUGUUCCUGAUGGACACUUUAACAGCCUUGACAAAGAUGUGGAAUGGAGAAUUACUCCUAGUCUUAUUGAAAGGACACUGAUGUUCAGCAUGAAAACAUUACAGCUUAAGUGUUAUGUGGUCCUCAAGAUUCUCAAAUCUCACUUCAUCAACCCCUGUUUGAAUAAUAAAGGAAAAUUGACAAGCUUUCACUGCAAAACUGCUCUCUUUUUCGCCGCGGAAGGGAUGCCGCCCGGAAUGUGGGAGGAAGACCGCCUGAUGGAAUGCAUUGUUUAUUGUUUGAAAAUGUUGCUUGGUUGGGCGAACACUGGAAUGUGCCCUCACUACAUUGUAGCAGGCGUGAAUCUUUUCCAUGGAAAAUUUACCAAUCCGCAGUUAAAAAAUCUUACUGAGAUCCUUUCAAAUAUCAUUGAAAAUCACUUAUCAAUACUCGCGUGCAUACAGGCAGACGAUUUAGGCAACCGGAUUGUGAUCACACAUAUCAGAACCGUUCGAUACAGUGAAGGAUGUCGUAUAUCAACAAACAAUAGUACAUGUAGGUGGAUUAGUGUUUUCGCUCACUUUGCAAUGAAUAAGGAUCUUCUGGAGAUUCUAUCUAUGACGCCUGAUUUGAUGCCUGAACAAAUGAGUACAUUCCUCGGCCUAUAUUUUCAAACAGUGUGCACACUUUCAUUUGGGUUGCCGUUUCCCCUAAGAGAAAUAUGCUUCCGCUAUACUUCGAAACUAAUUCUGAGCGUUUUGGCAUCCACUGCUGCAUCAUGUUGCAUAUGGAAUGGUUAUAAUGUUCCUAGAAAUAUACUGUCUCUGUUUGAAAGUUCCCUACAUACUGACGUGGCCUCAUCAAGACUAAAAUUGGCUUCUUUUUUCUUCUGUCAUAAUGAGCUUGAGAGAGCAGCAGACGUGCUGAAUGAUGUUGAACGUAGAUAUGACGAUAGCGUGCAAGCCGUAUGUGGAUGUGGUAGAAUGGAUCCUUUUGAAACAAAACAUCACAAACCACUGUGCACUAAUAGUGUUGUCGAUAACGAUGAUGUUCUCUUAACAAAUAAUACCGCGUUAUGUGUUCGCUACAUGAGACAGGAAGUCUUCUGUGCACCACCGAUAUUGCGCUACGAGAUGGUGAGGGGAAUAGGCGUGGAUAUCAAUCAUAGAGAUCGUAAUGAACAAAAAUGGAUGAAGUGGGCCGUUGUGGACGCCCUGCCCUACCUCUACUAUCUGCAGUACCUGACAUUCCGCGGUCUUGGUCAACGAAUAGGGCGACUACAAGCAUUCAUCAACUUAGGAAACUGCUUCCUUGACCACAGCUUUUAUUCCCAGCUCUUCCAUCGAACGACGUUUUACAACCUUUUGGGACACUGCCUGGAGAUGGAGCGCAAACCAGAGAAGGCGUUACAACUGUACAGGGCAUCUGUCGAAGAGAAGCCUAGGAACAACGCGGCACACUGGCAUAUAUAUAGACUGAAUCAUGGCUACGAGAUUUAGAUGUUACAAUUUAGUGUAAAUAUAUAGUGACUACACAGACAUCGAAUGAUAUCAUCGUGCAUAAUUUCCUUACAUUGUGAUUGUUAUAAAAUAACAACAACUGCCUUUUCACUGA